AUGUCUCAUGUCAUGUGCAUACAGGAGGAAGAUACCAAGUCAGGCUACAAUUCCUGCAGCCCAUGGAAAACUAAACAGAAAGGUGGUUUCACAGCUACCUUCUUCAUUUAUGCGUUGGUGGCAUUGGACAACAUGGGUUUUGUGGCGAACAUGGUGAGCAUGGUCCUGUACUUCAUUUACAAGAUGCACUUUGAUCUAUCUGGCUCAGCCAACACCCUGACAAACCUCAUGGGUUCAACUUUCUUGCUCUCUAUUGUUGGUGCCUUCAUAUCAGACACUUUCUUGAACAGACUCCAUACUUGUCUCAUUUUCGGAUUUGUUGAAGUUCUGGGUUUGUUGAUGAUGACAAUUCAAGCUCAUUACCCUAGCUUGCAACCACAUGCCUGUGGGAAUAAGUCAAGUUGUGUAAAAGGUGGUAUAGCAGUCAUGUUCUAUGCCUCUCUAUCUUUAGUUGCAUUGGGCAGUGGUGGGGUUAGGGGUGCUCUAGCACCCCUUGGUGCUGACCAGUUCAACCAGAAAGACCCAAAAGAAGCCAAAGCUCUAGCCAGCUACUUCAACUGGCUUUUGCUUAGCACUACUUUGGGUGCAUCCGUUGGAGUCACGGUGAUCGUUUGGGUCAGCACCAACAGAGGUUGGUGGUUGGGUUUUCUAAUAUCUUCGAUUUCUACAUCCAUGGGUUUUGUUUUUCUUGCACUUGGAAGCCCUUUCUACCGCAUCCAACCACCCGGGGACAGCCCCAUCACAAGAAUUGCACAGGUUAUAGUUGUGGCAGUUAAAAAUCGAAGGUUAUCAGUACCAGAGAAUCCUGGUGAAUUAUAUGAGAUCAAUGAAAAGGAAUUAGUUUCUACGGAGGACAAGAUUGCACACACCNAGAAUCCUGGUGAAUUAUAUGAGAUCAAUGAAAAGGAAUUAGUUUCUACGGAGGACAAGAUUGCACACACCAAGCAAUUUAGGUAUUAUUAUUUCUGUCCAAUUAAAAUAAUUUAUAACCACGAGUUGUGGUGCCUCGACAAAGCUGCAAUUCUUGACAAUGGCUCUUCACCCUCACCAUGGACAGUAUGCACAGUGACCCAAGUUGAAGAAGUGAAGAUUCUAACAAGAAUGUUACCCAUAAUAGCCAGCACAAUCCUAAUGAACACCUGUUUGGCACAACUCCAAACAUUCUCUGUCCAACAAAGCAGCAUAAUGGAUCGUUACUUAGGCUCAUUUGAAGUCCCAGCACCAUCAGUCCCAGUAAUCCCACUAAUCAUCAUGUCCAUUCUCCUUCCCAUCUACGAAUUUCUCUUCGUCCCCUUCGCUAGAAAAAUCACUAAACACCCAUCAGGGAUCACCCAGCUCCAACGCGUUGGAGUCGGCCUUGUUCUCUCCAUAAUUUCCAUGGUCAUCGCAGGCGUUGUAGAGGUGAAAAGAAGGAAUCAAUCCAUCAAAACACCAUUGAAGCCCAUCAGUCUGUUUUGGCUCACAUUUCAGUUCUCCAUUUUUGGGAUCGCCGACAUGUUUACGAUGGUGGGAUUGCUGGAAUUCUUCUAUAGAGAAGCGCCUGCGGGAAUGAAAUCGCUAUCUACUUCAUUUACUUGGAUUUCACUCUCGUUUGGCUAUUUUCUCAGCACUGUGUUCGUGGAUAUUAUUAACUUGGUGACCAAGAAAAUUGCGCCGAGUAGACAUGGGUGGUUGUAUGGACAGGACUUGGAUAAGAACAAUUUGAAUCUGUUCUAUUGGUUCUUGGCUGUGCUUAGCUGCAUCAACUUUGGGAACUAUCUGUUUUGGUCCUGGUGGUAUAGGUACAAGAAAGAAGAUACUUCAAAUUUAGGGAAUAGUUUGCAAGAUGUUGAACCUAAGAAGAUCAAUGGAGACUCCUCUCUUACAAAAAAAGAGGGUGCUAAUGAAGAUGAUACUUCAAGGUUAGGGACUGGUUUGCAAGAUGAUGAACCUAAGAAGAUCAAUGGAGACUCCUCUCUUGCAGAAAAAGAGGGUGCUAAAGAAGAAGAUACUUCUAAGUUAGGUACUGUUUUGCAAGAUAGUGAACCCAAGACAAACAAUGGAGACUCCUCUCUUGAAGAAAAAAAAGAGGGUGCUGAAGAUCAAGACCAAGACCAGCAAGUGGGUGAGGCCAAAACAGAUAAAUAAGAAAAGAUAGCAGCGUGCUGAUAUGGGUCUACAUAUUGGGUUGUUUCUUCUUUUUUUUGUAUGCUUCUGCGAGUGAGCUUUUGGAUAAGCCUUGUGAGGAAAUGUUUGCAAUCAAUUGCUAGAGAGGUCUUGAAUUCAUUGACAUAAAGUUUGUAAUCAGAUGUCCACAUGUAUAAUAAGAUUGUAAAAGCAAAUAUUGAAAAAGG